AGUGUUACGUGCCUCCGCCCAAACACCAUUUCCCAGCAUCCACUGCGGCUUUUCGGCGCAUGUCUCUCUUAUUUGUGUUUCCCCGGCACGUCAUCGAAAAUGGCAGAAAGAGGAUACAGUUUCUCUCUGACUACAUUUAGCCCCUCCGGCAAACUGGUCCAGAUUGAAUAUGCGCUCGCAGCAGUGGCUGCAGGGGCCCCUUCAGUCGGAAUCAAAGCCUCAAAUGGCGUGGUGCUGGCAACUGAAAAGAAACAAAAGUCCAUUCUGUACGACGAGCAGAGCGUGCACAAAGUGGAGCCGAUCACCAAACACAUAGGCAUGGUCUACAGCGGUAUGGGUCCUGACUACAGGGUGCUGGUGAGAAGAGCCAGGAAGCUCGCCCAGCAGUACUUCCUAGUUUACCAGGAGCCUAUUCCCACCGGCCAGCUGGUGCAGAGGGUGGCCUCUGUUAUGCAGGAGUACACGCAGUCUGGAGGUGUGCGUCCUUUCGGGGUGUCUCUGCUCAUUGCUGGCUGGGAUGAAGAUCGCCCAUACCUCUUCCAAUCAGACCCUUCUGGUGCAUAUUUUGCUUGGAAAGCAACAGCAAUGGGAAAGAACUACGUAAAUGGAAAAACAUUCCUCGAGAAAAGGUAUAAUGAGGACCUUGAACUGGAAGAUGCGAUCCACACGGCUAUCUUGACACUAAAGGAGAGCUUUGAGGGCCAGAUGACUGAAGACAACAUUGAAGUGGGCAUCUGCAAUGAAGCCGGCUUCAGAAGACUCUCUCCAACUGAGGUUAAAGAUUACCUGGCAGCCAUUGCCUGAACAACAUUUUCCUUAAUUGUUUCUCUUCUGUGGUUAAAAUGACCUCAAAUAUUGUACAUUUGGUUCAUGAUUAUUUUUAUUAUUUGUAUUUCUUGCACUGGUUACAGAGAAAAACACCAAUAAAUGCCAGUAAUUAAAAAUUUG